UGCAUCAAGUUGGAAAGCCAGAAGGCUCCCACAGGUGCUGGUACCUCAAACCUGUGCCUGAGUCUCCCAGGGAAUGCAUACAGCAUUAAAAACAAAAUACUGAACCUUGCGGCUGUUAGCCAGGCACCUGCAUGCAGAGGGGGCUCUGCUGGGCUGCUACUGGGGAAAAGGGCUCUACUGAGCAUCCUCUAGAGGAGACUGCCCAGCCAAAGCUGCACUAUGGAGCUGAGGUCUGGUGAGCCAUCGGGGAAUGUAAAAGAAAGAGGAAAAGAGAAAGGAAAGAGGGCUCACAGAGACUCCUCACGAGAAGUGCUUGAGUGGAGGGAAUCCUUUGACCAGCUCCUCAAGAGUAAAAAUGGGGUGACUGCCUUCCACACCUUCCUGAAGACUGAGUUUAGCGAGGAGAACCUGGACUUCUGGCUGGCCUGCGAGGACUUCAAGAAGACCCGCUCCAAAACCAAGCUGGCCUCCAAAGCCAACAGGAUCUUUGAGGAGUUUGUCCAAAGCGAGGCACCCAGAGAGGUUAACAUUGACCACGAAACCAGGGAGAUCACCAGGAAGAACCUCACAGGAGCCACCUCCGCUUGCUUCAACGAGGCUCAGGCAAAGACCCGCACCCUGAUGGAGAAGGACUCCUACCCCCGCUUCCUGAAGUCAGCCUCCUACCAGGACAUGACCAAGCAGGCUGCCAGCCGCAGCAUCAACAAGCGCUUGCACACCUGACCCAUGCCCAGCACCAAACCCGCUCCGGAUGGGCACCGAGGGCCUGGUGGUGGAUUUUUGGCUGAAAUCCCAGCCUUCCAGCAGGACGCCCAGGACCUUCAGUGCUCCCACUGAGGCUGCCCUACGGAGAGGCCUUCCCACCCCACUGCCGGUGGUCCCGUUGUUGGGCUGCACAGGGUUGAAGCCAUCCAUGUUUCAGCAAGAAGAGCGGUGGGCCAGGGAGCAGCACGGCCUUAGCAAUGACUUUUCUAUCCUUUCCUUAAGCUUUGUGGCCUGCAGGCUGCACCUGAACUUAGGCCACAGGCAUUUUUGUUAUUGUUAUUAUUUAUUUUGUGGCUAUUGUUAUGAUAUAUUUAUGAGAAGAGCACUGCUCAAAGCAUGCGCACAUCCCUUGCUUGGAGGAGCUUGUAAAUUAAUUUAUUUUGGGUAUUGCAGCACUUAGCAUGCCUCCCACGGCUUCUGUAUAAUAACUGCAAGGGAGAAAAAUAGCUUUGUAAUGCAUCUGUGGAGCAAGGUACGCAAAUAGCAGCAGGGAGAGCUGCACCGAACUGGGUCUGAGGUUCCUGGGAGCAUGGAGGACCAUUGAUGGCCAUAAAAGGAUGCUUUGCAGUUCGUGCCAUUUCCCUUUUUUUGCCCUUAAAUAGAGCUCUGUGGCCGGCACCUCGGCACAUGGGCUAGCAGCUUGUUCUAGGCAGAGAAUAGCAGAGCAGAAGGGCACUUUGAGUGUUGAAAACUUAUUUUUAAAUCACUUAGGAGGUAAAAGCUGUGUUUACAGUUUGGUUUACAGUUGGGUCUGGUGUUGCCCUGGCCGGUCUGCAGCUGAGGAACCCCAAGGACCAGUUUAAGGAUGUUUCUCUGAGUCCUCUUCCCGCUUCUACCUCUGAGUCUGGUGGGUCCCAGCUGCAUUCAUGGGGCUAUUUGAGCUGUUUUGUUAUUUAUUAUUUACUUUUACAACUGGAACCACCUUCGUUGUGUUACCGAAGUGAACGGCAUACAGAGGUCCAUUUUUGCUACAAACAUGAUGUCAUGGUUACAAAAUAAAACACAAAGAGGGCAAUGCUGUGACACCA